AUAAGUAUGUAUAUUACAACCAUGUGCAUUGUUGGAGUUAUAGUCUCUUCUGCACAGGUUGGUGCAUUAAGACGAGGUGUGGAAACACUCUGAUUGCUCUGCCCGCUUCUUUCUCUGCUUGAGCUCCAUGAUGGAUUUCUGUUCUACUCCUACGUAGCCUGAGAGUGGGAGGGGACUGUCCCUUCUUCCUGCGUUUUCAUUGGUUUUACAGUCCUCUCAGCGGUGAGGGGGGUGCCUCUAAUCAUAUCCAGCAUGUUUUGCACAAGAAAUGUCAGCCAGAAAGGGCUAUCUUCUCCCUUCGCCAAAAUACACUACAAUAAUGUCAUGUUCGGACAGCCCGUCUGGAAACGCAUUUUUAGUGGACUCCCUGAUCAGCGCCCGCACCGAGAGCGGCGGGGGUCACUAUGCCGGGAGUGCGGUGUGCGUGCCGCACAGCACCGCAGUAGAAGUGCCUUACGGACUACACAACUAUGGAUACUUCCCAGGUAUGACUAAACGGAGCGAGGUCGGCCCCCAGAAUGUGGUGUCCACCUCAGGUGCAUACAUGUCCAGCAUGGAGAUGUGGAUGGACGCGCAGAGGUCAUGUCGUAUGGACCAAGAGCACUCUGUGGGUCCCCAGGUCGCACCGUGCACUUUCCCGCAGAACAUCAAGGAAGAGAGCACCUACUGCCUGUACGAGCAACCCAAGUGUCCCAAAGCCUCCACCGCCGAAGACCUUACAUAUUCAAGAUUGACUUCUUCUUGCACAGUCACCGAUGGCGGCGGAGGUGGUGGUGGUGGUGGUGGAGUUGGGGGCGGCGGGGGGUCGGUGCCUGUGCCGGGCUUCUUCCGCUUGUCUCAGACGCACGCACAUUCUCAUAAACUUUACAGCGCCAACAACGGCCCCCAGUCGAACCCUUCCCCUUCCCAUUCUCAUUUUGGCCUGCAGCACCCCGCCGACCACGCUCGCUUCCACUCGCCACCAACCUCUGCGUCUGUCCCAGCCACGGCGGAGAAGAAGGGGAAGGACGCGGAGGAAGCCACAGACCUGCCGCCUCAAGCAGCGUCGGGCACCGAGGAGGGGCGCGACUCCUCGGACGGUGAAGCCUCCUCUGCAGAGGAGGCGGAGGAGAAUGACAAGGAGAGACGAGCAAAGGCCACUAAAGGAGACACAAAAAGCGAAAACACGGCCAACUGGCUGACAGCGAAAAGUGGCCGAAAGAAACGCUGCCCGUACACCAAACACCAGACCCUGGAACUGGAGAAGGAGUUCCUCUUCAACAUGUACCUGACCCGAGAGCGCCGCCUAGAGAUCAGCAAGAGCGUCCACCUGACGGACAGACAGGUCAAGAUAUGGUUCCAGAACCGCAGGAUGAAGCUUAAGAAAAUGACGCGGGAGAAUAGGAUCCGGGAGCUCACCUCCAACUAUGGAUUUUCAUGAUAAACAGCGACUCAAAAAGGGAACAAAAAGUUUGGAUGAAUUUAUUGACAAGCUA